AUGAAUUCACUUCUUGACGAUUUAGAGGAAGAAACAGGUGGCCUUUUUCUAGAACUUAUUCGGAUGCUAUUUCUUCCGCUACAUGAAUAUUCAGCUGACCUUAUUUACUAUUCGAUUUCCAAUGUUCGAAGUAAUCGAAAUACCUAUUCCGUAGCAGUUGAAAUAAUUGCUUCAUCGACUGUACAGGUUGAGGGGAUUUUUGGUCGAAUGCUUCAAAUGCUAAUACGAUUCCCAAGAAAAACCGAGGUCUGCUCGCUUGAUCUAUCUUUGAUUGAACAACAAGUGGAACUUUUACUCUCGUUAAAAGACAUUACAAAUCUGACAAGUGACUUAGCGCUUUUUGAAACAAUUUUUGUCCGCAGUAGCUGGGACCAUUUGGCUGCAGUGAUUAAUCGUUUUGACACAAGAUCGGACAAUGGGAACAUGGAGACGAUGAUCAGAGAAACGAAGAAAAUGAAUAUAAGGAUAAAAUUAUUAUUACUGACAAUUGUCCAAAUUUCGCGAAAUAAACAACUAUUUUUCGCCGAAGAACUUCAUAAUGCAAUUCACACCUCUCCACCCGAUCACGCAUCAAUUAUCCGUAUCAUUGUUACAAGAAGCGAGGUAUAUUACUGCCCCAUUGUAGAAAUUGAACCAUUAGUUGAUUUAUCGCAACAUAAACGAUUGCAGUAG